AGUCAUCCGCCGCAAUCCUCUGACGUGCAUGACGAGUGUGGUGGGAACGAAUGCGUACGUAGACCAGAGCGGACGGCGGAGUGGGCUUGCAGGCGGCACGAGAGUAGGCAGUCAGUAGCGCAAGUUGCGAAUUCACAUGUUACCUCGUAACCGACGAUAAACGCUGUGGACGGUCGCGCCCAUGGCUGGCUGACAGAAAGCGGCUGCUGUAUUGGGAUGGCUGGGCUGGACGACGGCGGCCGGGCGUUGCUUGGGACUACCAGAAAGGAUGCGCCCGAAACCAACCUGGAGAACACCAGCGCCACCGGUGCCCAGCACGACAUGUAUGGGAGGGAGGGAGGGACAGGAGGCGUGAUGCACUGCCGCGUAAAAGCUAUGGCGCUAGCCAACCUGGAGUUCAUUUCGUUCGCGGUGCUGACGCUCACUGUGACCCUGGGCCUGUGUAUCGGCGCAGUGGUGGUGUUCAUCAACGCGGCCCUGGUCGCCUACCUCACCUGGUUCAUCUGGAAGCACUUCGCCGCCGCAGACCGCAAGGCCGAGAAGGCGGGAGAGGAGGCAGAGGGCGAGACGGAGGACGGGCAGGCGGGAGAGGAGGGGCAGGCGGGCGACAGGGAGGGAGAGGAGGUGCAGGAGGGCCCCAACCGCGUGAGCGAGAAUGGGCAGCACGCGGGCGGGGGCAGCAAGAGCCCCAGCCCCAGCCCCAGCCCUAGCCGCGGCCGUGGCCUGUUUGGCAUGGUUCGCAAAGGUGGCAUGGUUCGCAAAUCAUUCAAUCACUCAAUGCCGGUAAUGCGUAUGGCCCUCCCGGAUGUGUGUGCGUGAAUGGUGGGCGUGCGGAUACAGGCACUGCGAUACAGGUGCCGUGCUCAACUGUUUACCUUCAUUAACGGGCACCAUAGCAUAACCCGUGAGCAUAACCGUACGCUUACAUAACCGUACGCGUACAUAACCGUACGCGUACGCGUAGCAUAACCGUACUCGUACAUAAGCGACCGCGUGACCAUGUGUCGUGUGUGCUCCAUGCAGGCGGCGAGCGUGCGGCCGGCUUCUUGUAGUAGGACAGUCGGUAAAAGACACAUCUAGAUGCCCCAGGGCGCCGUCCGCAGGGUUAUAUACUUGUGUGUCGUAGAACUUCUGUGUUCCGCCCACACUUCUUCUCCAUGUUACGGCAGUGUAAGGCAGGCAGUGGAGGCAGCGACGGCGGCGGCGGAGGCAGAGGGAUGACACGCCCCCUCUUUCAGGACCUCGAAGUUAGCGGAGCGAGCUCCGGUGAAGGCUAAUCUGGGUGCAGUUAACCCGCUCAGGAGGGGUAGCGGGCCUCACCGCGGGUGGGCCCGGGGCUAACCUGGGUGGGCCGUCGGCUAAUCCUGGGUGGGCCCGGGGCUAAUCCAGGUUGGCCGGCGACCCAGCAGGCUUUGCCCCGAGCUCACCCAAGCUUUACAGCCGUUGCCUUAAAGUUAGCCCACGGCUAAUCCACCGGAGCUGGAUGAGAGCGGCCAAAACGGCGAGUGUCAUCCCUCCGGCGGAGGCGGAGCCGAUGCCGGGGUUGACGGUGGCAGCAACAGCCACGGCAACGGCAACGGCCACAGCAGGCAGCAGCGGCAGGCGCCGCCACACCUGCAGGGCGCCGCUGUAGGUGCCGGGGCGCCGCGGCCAGCUGAUGCCGCUGUGGGAUGGCGCACAAAUUAAAGUGCUGUGUUUGCAGUGUUUGCAACCACAUUGAUUGACGGGGCUCCUUGACUCAGGACUCAGGAAUCUCUUGUUUUCUUCAUGACACUGAAGCAAGUGUACUGCCGGGGGAUGUAUGCUUUAUUCUCGCACCUGCGAGCCACGCUUCGUGAUGUGCCACUUCGGCGCGUGCGCCUGCUGAUUCUUAAAAUGAAUGUUCCUGUUCAUGCCUCGCGAACUGGCAUGUGGGGGGCAGGGCCGCUUGUGGGAAGUGGCGUCGGGGAGGGGGGGCGCAAUAUUUGGGAAGGCACAGGAGACGUGUGGUGCGGUGGUGGUGGAUACAGAACUAGCCUGGCUUUUCACUUAGGUACAUUCGCGGAGUAGGGUUCAGCUGCGCUGUUGGGCUAGCGCGUGGGAGAGAUGGCAUGCUCGGAGAGGGGUUCAGCACUGCUGCAUGACGUGCACCUCAUGCAACAUACAAUUUGAGCUUGCACCGCUGUGAAAGCGUUGCUCAUUCUUCUUAUGUAACUGGUAAAACGC